UGUAGCUGUGUGUGGUGUGCAUGUAGCGCGCGCGCGCGCGCUCGCCUGCCUGACUGUGUGCAUGGUAUGUGUGUGUGACUCGAGGGAGAAUGCCAGAUUUACCGGGCACCUGAAUUCUUACGAUAUUUCACGGCUACGUUGGAUCGGGUUACAUCAAGAGCCAAGUGACCGUCGCGUCGAUUUAACGAUCAACACUGUCACCAAGAAUUGUUAUCUGUCGCGCAGUAUAGUCCUAUCUCGACAUAGAUCCGGGAUACGGUUUUCGUAUUAAUGGAUGCACUUGGUAUUGCGGAAACGUAUGCGAGUCUCUCGGACAAUGACCGAGGCCUUUCUCGAUAAAUUGAACGCAAAAUGCGCGCCCCUUCUAAUGGGAACGUUUACUGCGAUUUUAGAAUAGAUAUGGAGGAAUAUUUUUUGCUGAGUAGAGCUACGGAUCCUGGCUGACUGAAUAUUUUCGAGGAAUGUUUAUGUGAAAAAGAGGCAACAACGCGUUUUAAUGAUAUUAGAUAGUAAAAAUGUAGAGUAUGAAACGAUUGAUAUAACAGAACCGGGAAAGGAAUUAGAAAAGGAGUUCAUGCAAACCAAUGGUAUUGCAAGGGAAAGCAAGUAUCCAUUGCCUCCACAAAUAUUUAAUGAAGAGGAAUACUGUGGGGAUUAUGAAGAUUUCGAUUUGGCAAAUGAGAUGGAUGAAUUAGAAGCAUUUUUGAAAGUGGCGCCUCCUGCUAGUGCAGCAGGCACAGCUCGCGAUUCAAAUCAGAACAAUAUCCAAGAAAAUGGAAAUACCACAAGUCGAGAGCCUUCCACAGACAAGGAUGCUGCUGCAGUGCAAGGGGAAAGUCUAGAGGACAGGACGACUCUGCCAAAUGAAAGUACACAGUCAGAUGAAUCUAAACCUGCAGAACAUGAUGGCGGGACAAAUAUUGUAACUGAAGAAGACAUGGAACAUCCAGAGGAAAGUGCUGAAAAGAAUGAUGAAAAAUCUGAUGAUCAAGAGAAAGAAGAGUAGGUGGGAAAUAAGCCCAUUUGAUAGUGGGACGUUUUAUACUUCCUUGACAUCCUUGGUUUUCAACCGAUAAGGGUAUUUUAUAAAAACUAUAUUUAUCACAUUUCUAAGGCUGAGUGAAGGUACUGCCAAGAUAAAUAUGUCUACACUACAGAAGACAUUAAAUGAACAGUAUAAGAAAAGUAUAAGUGGCACUUUUAUAGAACUAUUUUAUAUUACAAUUGAAUACGUUUUCAUCAACAAAUUUUUUAUAAGUCCAGUUAACAGAUAUGAAUUAUUUCCACCCUUCUUCAUAUCACUAGUUAAUAUGUAAUGAUUUUAAUUUCUUAUAUUAUGCACUGUUUAUAUUGUAUUUUAUUCGCUACUUUUUAAUUGCAACUUUGAUGAUGCGCUAGGAGUAAUAAAUUUUGCAGUAUUGAGUACACUUUCUCUCCUGUCACUUGCCAAAAGUAUACAUUGAAAUCAAAUAGCUUUGUCUUUCUUGAAAAUUACUUUUCUCUUGUCAUUUGAAAGUUUAUACUGAAGCAUUACUUUCCUAAUCUCACAUAAAAUUAUUUUGUGAGAUCAUUAGAAGUUUUCGUAUACUGAUUUGUAAUCCAAGAUGUAAAUUAUUUACUGACCAUUUGUACUAAGAAAUAACUACCAUAAUAUAAAAUAUGGGAACAUUUCAUAAAAUUUUAGCUUCGUUCUUUUCGUUUUGUAAAGAUUUAUAUGGUGUGGGUCUCCCAUUAUGCGAUAUAAAUACGGUCGGACAGUACAACACUCAGUUUUGUAUAAAAUGCAAUUAUUAUAAAAGACGACACAAAAUUAGUCAUAAUAUCAUGCGCACUAAAUCUUUAUCGUCGAGUACUUCCUAAAUACAGAACAAAUAGAAUGAGCGAAAUAAUUCUCGACAUUAUUAUUUCUAAGAAUGAUAGGGUUAAUUUAGGGCAGAUUUCCUAGUUUCGCAUAACAUAUCCGACAAAAUUACGUAUUAAUUCGAUACAAUUACAUUUAUAUUACUCCUAUUCUUGUUACUCUUAAUAUAAUUCGUACAGUUAUUCUAAGAGAAUUAAAAAUAAAAUAAACAUAGUAUAAUUUGUAGGAGGUAGCUCGUUUACUUUUCUCGUGCUAGAACUGCUGAGAAUUUCGAACCCUUUUACCGAAGGCCUACUUAUAAUUAAUUUUUUCUAUGUAAAACUUAAUACCGACUAAACGUAUUCGGUCCUACUUUAUUAAAAACUUUAACAGCUUGAGAGGAUUUUAAUUAUUUUAUAUUGAAUGCUCACUUAACUCAUCAAAUAAUAGGCGGGUAUUAAUCACGAACAAAUUGUAGUUUUAUGCAGAUGU